AUGGGUUUGCAAGAUUUAGUUUCUUGGUAUCAGAAAAAAAUAGGUACAUAUGAUAAACAACAAUGGGAAAAAACGGUCGAGCAAAGGAUUUUACACGGGUUGACUCAUGUGUUAAAAAAAACGGCAAAGUUAAAAACGGAUUUAAUCGAUGUUGAUCUUGUCAGAGGAUCAUCAUUUCCAAAGGCUAAACCGAAACAUGGCCUCAUCACAGUAACAAAAUUAGCUUUAAUUAGAUGGUUAUUUUUACCUCUGUAUUCUUAUUGGUGGAUAGAACAAACUUGUUUUACAAUAUUUACCUUGUUACUUCUUUUGUAUAUAUUACAAUUGUGUAAUGUGUUAGUUUAUUUUUUGAACUUUGACGAUCAGUUGUUUGAGCACGUAUCAACGUACGAAGUAUUAGUUCCCAUAGGAAUGAUGUUAGUUCUCAGCAUAAUUCAUUCUCAGAUAGUAUCGACAAAUAACAUUUCUCAAAAUUAUUCAAAAUCCAGGUCGAAGAGGAGGAGAAUCAAAAGGAGGAAUUUCUCAUUCGAUAGUAAACAAGAAGUUUAUUCGAGCAAGGAAUCCGUUUCGUCUAUCGUUUCGGCAACAAAAAGUCAAGAUGAUCUCAAGAUAGAAACAGUCGAAGAUGGUUCGUCGCGUAGGAAAAACAUUGCUUGGUGCGUUCCACUUCAAAGCGUGAAAGAUGAAAUAAAAGAAAAUGUCGGACAACAAUUAUUAGAUGGUGAGAAAAAAAUGAGAGGAAAUGAAUGUGCUGCGGCGGCGAAGUGCGUCGUCGAAGACGACGGUUUCGAAAGUUUAAACAGUAACGGAUCGAGCGAAAACGGUGAAGAAAAUCAAGAUACAGUUCGAGGGGAUCAAAUAUCUUCCGACGAAGAUGGUAGUGGUGGUAGUAGCAGCAGCAGCAAUACGUUAAAUGGGUGUAAAGGCAAAAAAGAAUCGAAGGAAGAGGGAAAGGAGUACGUAGGAGGAGAAGGGGUGGAAAACAGAAAAGAUGGUGGAAACGAUGGGACUUUGCUGUCGAAUUCCAACUCGAGAGACGUGACGGGAAACAUAAACGAAUUGUCUUAUCAAGUUUUGCGUCGUCCUCAAACGACGAAUUCUUCGGAUUUGCAUUCGUCGUGUGAAAUAUGCGAUCACGAAACGGACAACAAAGACACGGAUUCGGAUUGUUCGAGAGAAAAUUUGAGAACGAAAAAAUCAACGUCGCCUCAAAGGUUGCUUCAAAGACGAAGAGGGUCUUUAACGUUUCAAGCGAAAACGUCAUCGUGUCGCGGGAGUUUUUACAACAGCAGUUGCGAAAGUGACGACGGUGAUCGAUUCGACGGACGGAAUUUAAACGAAGGAACGACUUCCGCCGCAGAAUGGAUCGGAAUAACGACCAACAGCGAAGAAUGCAGCGUCACGUCCGAAAUUGAUGAAUCUGAUACGUUAAACGAGAGUAAAGUUUUGGACGAUCAUCCUUUCGCAUGGGAAUUCCAACUGUCACCGUCGAUAUUAAGCCCGAGUUGUGCAUCUUCGGAUAAAGUGAGUUGUACAAUAUGGGAAAAUAACGACGUGAAAAGAGCGGAUUUAUCCGUGCUCGACAUAAGUUCGGCCAUAAUAGCAAGAGUUGAAACAAUUAGGGAAAGCAUGGAUUAUUUUUACGUCGGCGAGUAUCAUUUUCUACUUUUGCGGAUAUUCGUUUCUUCCAUCAUAGCUUUGCUUCCGUCGCUGAGACGUUUAAGCGAAAUAACACAGGAUAAUUCGGGAUCGUCGCCGUCGCGGGAAAAUUCAUUUCAACUCGAUCCGAUAUUAUCGCUUACGACAAUCGAUAUUUCCGACAGACUUUUGACAAAAUUAAACGGAAUCGUUUUUAAUUUACUAGACACGGCGUUCGGAACCACUUUUCUAGAGCGUUUUGUGAUAUUGAGUGCCAUGUUUGAAAAAUUCAUGUUAUCCGUUUUGUUUUUCUUUCUCGUCGCCGUGGCGGAAAGAACUUUCAAACAGAGAUUUUUAUACGCCAAGUUUUUCAGCAGGUUGACGUCGUUCAGGAGAGCGAGAAAGUCGGAAUUGCCACAUUUUCGCCUCAACAAAGUUAGAAAUAUAAAAACGUGGUUAUCCAUAAGAUCUUAUUUAAAGAAAAGAGGACCGCAAAGAUCUGUUGACGUCAUUGUUUCAACGGCUUUUAUAAUCACUUUACUUUUACUUUCUUUUCUCAGCGUCGAACUUUUAAAGGAUUCCAUGCGAUUGCAUUCGGAAUGUAAUUUAGAAGCCGUCGUUUGGUGUUUAGUUUUAGGAUUGUACCUACUCAGGUUCAUGACACUGGGUAAUAAAACGAAUCGUAAAUAUAGGAAUUUAUCCGUUCUUUUAACCGAACAGAUCAAUUUGUAUCUUCAAAUCGAACAGAAACCUCACAAAAAGGAUGAACUCAUGGUUGCCAACAGCGUUUUAAAAUUGGCCGCGGAUUUAUUGAAGGAAUUGGAAAGUCCUUUUAAAAUAUCCGGUUUAUCGGCGAAUCCGUACGUUUACACGAUAACAAAAGUCGUCGUUUUAUCUGCUCUAUCCGGAGUUUUAUCCGAAUUAUUAGGUUUUAAAUUGAAAUUACAUAAAAUUAAAAUCAAGUGA